UUUCCCAGGAUGCACCGCAGACAGCGUCUGAAAACUAGUGUCCAAGGUACAAACAACUACUCCAACUUCACAAGUAAAGGACGCGUACAAAAGCCACAUUGGCCGAGUAAGCUCGAUCAUUUGUUUCGGAAAUUGCUUUCAAAGUUCUUUUUCGGUGCUCUUGACCAAUUUGUUCUUCGAAAGGAUGGCAGAGCCACAGCGAGUUUGUGAUCUGCUCCCUGAAGACGUUGCUUCCGAUGACUGCCUGACUUCAUACACUCACAUCUACAGCCCAGACUUACUCAAGGAUCAGGUCGCAUUUAUCACGGGUGGUGGAUCAGGAAUUGGACUACGGAUUGCAGAAAUCUUCAUGAGGCAUGGCUGUCACACGGUGAUUGCCAGCAGGAACAAAGACAAGCUCACUGAGGCGGCGAACAAGCUGUCUGCCGUUUCGGGACGACGCUGCCUCCCGUUGUGCUUGGACGUGAGGCAGCCUGAGAGCAUUUCAGCGGCUGUGGAUGAGACCCUCAAAGAAAUGGGCCACAUCGACAUCCUUGUUAACAAUGCUGCCGGCAACUUCCUGUGUCCUGCCGCUGCUCUUUCCUUCAACGCCUUCAAGACGGUUAUGGAGAUCGACACCAUGGGAACGUUCAACACCAGCAAAAUUGUGUACGAGAAGUGGUUCAAGGAUCACGGAGGCAACAUUGUCAACAUCUCUGCAACACUUGGAUACAAGGGACAAGCGCUGCAGGUGCACGCUGGAUCUGCCAAGGCUGCAAAUGAUGCCAUGACCAAGCAUUUGGCUGUGGAGUGGGGACCCAGUGGGGUGAGAGUGAAUGCUGUGGCCCCUGGUCCUAUCUCUGGCACAGAGGGCUUCCGCAGACUGGGUGGUCCGAGAGGGGAGGCCGCUGGUCUGUUCCAGUCCAUUCCUUUGCAGCGAUCAGGCAACAAGACCGAGAUGGCCCACUGCACACUUUUCUUAGCCAGCCGGGCCUCGUCCUACGUGACCGGAGCCAUCCUGGUGGCGGAUGGCGGAUCUUGGCUGACCUCAGCUAACGACGCCUCCAAGCUGAUGGGUUAUUGGUCAUCUGAAAAGAGAGACAAAUAAAAAUGAGCAAAACAGUAACAAAGCUGCAGUGCUGUGACACUGUUUCAGGCUACAGAAUUGGAGACUGAUACAUUUAAGUAUAUAUAUCUCAUAUUGCCAGAGUUGUACCACAAAUAAGCAUAUUUUCCAAGAAAUGACAUGAACAAUAUUUUAUCCAACUGGAAUAUGGAGAUGUCACAUAUUCAAUACGACUGCCAACGUUUGUGAUACAGGACCAUGUAGUUUUAAUCCUGUGUUGUUAUAUUCUGCAUUUCAUGUACAUUUGUCCUCACAUUCCAUUUUGUGAUGAUCAGUCACUUAGUAAAACUUUUAUUAUAUUUAAUAUUGGAUCCUUUGUGGAGUCAUUUCCUGAAUUUUCCAUCAUGAUCCAGUCUCUCUGGGUGCUAAAUUCAGUGUUUAUCAUCAGCUGUUACUUAAUUGUUUGAAAAAUGUUAAUUUUAAUUACUACACAUGAUGUAUCUUUGUUCAUCUAAUCUAUGCCAGUGACGUAUAGUGACUGGCCGAACAAUUAAAUACUCUUUCACGAAAUGGCUGAAAUUACAAUUGACCUGUGUAGCGACAAGCCACAUGUUGCCUUUCAUACAACAGAUACCGUGUUAAGCUUUAUGGUCAACUAAAGGCGGCCCAGAUUUCAAUUUGUGAGUAAAUGGGGACGAGCUCGUCAUCAUUUUGGUAUAUAUAAUUUGUAUGACAUUUUAAUUUCUAAUGUAAAAUAUGUGCCUUGGCUGAGUAAAGGUUGGGAAUCACUUUUAAUUUGGAAGACUUUAAAAAGUACAACAUCCACGCACUGUCAUCCAUUCGGAGAAUCAGUAUUGGUUUGCGCCAGGUGGGGGCGCUGUAAAACUACAAUUAAAAAAAAUGUAUGUACCUUA